AUGUCCGAAGACAUAGAGGCCGGGAAGAAGGCGAACCUGGUGGUACCGGAUGCCAAGCGCGCCGGGAGCCAAUACAGUCUUGAUGCCAGCUCUACUGAAGAUACCAUCAUCCCGCAUGGAGCCUUGGAUCCAGUUUAUGAAGCUAAGGCGCGAGUCCUUAACCGCGCGAUCCAAGAUAUCGGCAUGGGAUGGUACCAAUGGCAGCUCUUCAUCGUGGUCGGCUUCGGCUGGGCAAGCGACAACCUCUGGCCCAUCGUAACAUCCCUCAUCUUCACCCCCAUCACGAACGAAUUCUCGCCCAGACGCCCGCCCCUCCUCACCCUGGCGCAGAACAUCGGGCUUCUCGCCGGCGCCAUGUUCUGGGGUUUCGGAUGUGACAUCUUCGGGCGCAAGUGGGCUUUCAACCUGACGCUGGGGCUCACAGCGGUCUGGGGCACCGUGGCCGCGAGCUCGCCCAACUUCGCAGCCAUCGGCGUCUUUGCGGCCCUCUGGUCUUUCGGCGUGGGCGGCAACCUCCCCGUCGACUCGGCCAUCUUCCUCGAGUUCCUGCCGCCGUCGCAUCAGUACCUGCUCACGGUGUUGUCGAUCGAUUGGGCCAUCGCGCAGGUGAUCGCGACGCUGAUCGCCUGGCCGUUGCUGGGUAACCUCACAUGUCAGCAGGAGGAGGAGAACUGCACCAAGGGCAAGAACAUGGGCUGGCGCUACUUUGUCAUCACCGUGGGCGGCCUCACGCUCAUCAUGUUCCUCAUCCGGUUCCUCCUGUUCACCAUCUACGAGUCACCCAAAUACCUCAUGGGCAAGGGCCGCGACGAGGAAGCCGUCCGCAUCGUCCACGAAGUCGCGCGCCGGAACGGAAAGACUUCGAAUCUAACGAUCGACGACCUCAAAGCCUGCGAGCCCGAGGGCUACGUCGCGCAGACGAACACAACCGCCGCCGUCAAGAGACACCUCGAGAAACUAGACUUCAGCCACGUCCGCGUCCUCUUCUCCUCUCCCCGCCUCGCCCUGAGCACCGGCCUCGUCAUGGCCGUAUGGGCCCUCAUCGGCCUAGGAUACCCGCUCUACAACGCCUUCCUGCCCUACAUCCAAGCAACCCGAGGCGCCGACUUCGGCGAUGGCAGCACGUACCUCACCUACAGAAACAGCCUCAUCAUCGCCGUGCUCGGCGUCCCGGGGGCUCUGCUGGGCGGCUGGCUCAUCGAGCUGCCGCGCGUCGGAAGGAAGGGAACGUUGUCAGUCAGCACGGCGCUGACGGGCGUGUUCCUGUAUUGUUCGACGACGGCGCUGGAUAGCAAAGCAUUACUGGGGUGGAAUUGCGCUUUUAGCUUUUUUAGUAAUGUUAUGUAUGCGGUGCUGUACGGGUUCACUCCUGAGCUCUUUCCGACGCCACAGCGGGGGACGGGGAAUGCGUUGGCGGCUACGUGCAACCGGAUAUUCGGCAUCAUGGCUCCCAUCGUCGCCAUGUUCGCGAACCUCCAAACUUCUGCACCGGUAUACACAAGCGGUGCGUUGUUUAUCGCCGCUGGUGUUCUCGUGAUUAUUCUGCCAUUCGAAUCGAGGGGCAAGGCAGCCAUGUAA